AGAAUAUCUUGACGAUAUUGUGGGUGGGUUUUACUUACAUUGUGGUGUAGGUGAUUAGUCUUGGAAAACUAAGGUGUGGGGUGGGGGGUGUUGCAGUUGCUGUCGCUGUUGCAGUCGAUGUUGCAGUCGAUGUUCUUCUGGGCAGAAGUAUGUCUUGCAGACCAGAUUGGAGGUCGACAGUUAGGGUUGCGAUAUGAAGUUGAAGCUGUGCUUCUUAAGAAUACCUAGGAAUAUGAAUGGGAAUUCGUAAGACAAAUUGGGGGAGAAUUGUGUGGGUGGUUGGCGGUUGGCGGUUGGGUGUAAGGUGCCACCUGGUUUUGGGUGUAAUUGCAGCUGUGGAAGUCGUGGGUUUAUACGAAAAGUUUUUUCUCUCAAUUUAUAGAGAGAGAAAGAAGAGGGAAAAUAAUUUGUGCAAUGCGUUGACUCUCUUUAGAAGUAGUAGAGUUAAGGGAAAUCACCAAAUCAGGAUGGCUGGAUGGCUGGUUGGUUGGAUGGCUUUGGAUACCUGAGGUGAAGAUGUGCGAAUUUGGAAGACAGAAAGGGUAGUGAUAAAGUUAGGGUACCAAGGCAUCAGUUGUAGAAUCAGUUGUUGAUGCACAGACAGGAAGUUGAUUAAUUUCUUAACCUUUCCACUCAAUCACAAUCAGGGCCUCACUUCCCAUUUCCUCUAGAA